AUGGCAUCGCUGAAUGAUCUUGUUCCUUCCGGUGUAAUCACUGGAGACGAUUGUUUGAAAUUAUUUGAGCAUGCUAGAGCCAAUAGUUAUGCUAUCCCAGCAGUCAAUUGUACUAGUUCUUCAACGGUAAAUGCGGCCCUCGAAGCUGCGAGAAAGGCAAAGAGUCCGAUCAUUAUCCAAGUUUCCAAUGGUGGGGGUCAAUUCUUUGUCGGAAAGAGCGUCAAGGACCCAAAUGCUUCUGCGGCAGGCUCCGUCGCAUUGGCCAUGCAUGUCCGAUCGGUUGCAAAGUAUUAUGGCAUCCCAGUUAUUCUCCACUCAGAUCAUUGUGCCAAAAAACUUCUGCCUUGGUAUGAAGGAAUGCUUCAAGCUGACGAAGAGUUUUUUGACAAGUUCGGAGAGCCACUCUUUUCGAGCCACAUGCUUGAUCUUUCCGAAGAGCCCGACGAUGAAAAUGUUGCCAUUUGCGUUGAAUAUUUUAAGCGCAUGGCUCCAAUGAAUAUUUGGUUAGAAAUGGAAAUCGGUAUUACCGGCGGAGAAGAAGAUGGUGUUAGUAACGAAGACGUUGACCCUGAGAAGUUGUACACAAGUCCUGAACAAGUCUACUCAGUUUAUAAGGCGUUAUCAAAAAUUGGAGAGAGAUUUUCCAUUGCUGCUGCUUUUGGUAACGUUCAUGGAGUUUACAAGCCUGGAAAUGUCGUCCUAGCCCCUGAGCGCCUCGGAAAACACCAAGAGUACACAAAGAGUCAAUUGGGUUCUUCUGUUGAGAAACCAAUCUUUUUGGUCAUGCACGGGGGCUCUGGGUCAACAGAUGCAGAAAUUAAGCUCGCUGUGGACAAUGGGGUUGUUAAGAUGAAUGUUGACACUGACACACAAUGGUCGUAUUGGGAUGGACUCCGAGCAUUUGAAAAGGAAAAUCGCGACUUUUUGCAGGCACAAAUCGGGAACCCUAAAGGCGCCGAUAAGCCCAACAAAAAGUUCUAUGACCCACGAGUUUGGAUUCGCAAGGCCGAAGAAAGCAUGUGUAAGAGAGUUAUCGAGAGUUGUGAUAAGCUCAACUCGACUGCGUUUGUGAAUCUCACUCCGCCUAUUCAUCGAUCACCUGCAAAUGCCCCUUUUUCAAAUCACAUCACAUCGUCAAGCCUAAACCUCGCCAACUUCGAAGACUUGGCUUUCAAUGCUCAAACAGCAGCUUCGUCUUUAGCUUCGACGUCGCUGCAGGAUCCUUCGAACCUCCUUUCCUCCAUUCCGGUCAUUUAUGGUGCAGGAUUGCUAACUUCGGUCUCACCGUGUGUCUGGGGGCUACUUCCUCUUACUAUGUCAUACAUAUCGACAGCAGCUGGAGAGCGAGAAGACAAAGGAACUGCUCUGCCAACUUUGGCAUUUGCGCUGGGAUUGGCAUCUGUAUUUUGUUCCUUGGGAUUAGUGGCAGCCUCAGUGGGUGGAGCAGUUUAUGGAAACAGCGGUGGUACCAGUAUUUUCCUUCCUCUCGCCUCAAACACGAUUUGCUGCCUGAUGGGUUUCCAAUUAUUGGAUCUCGUAACAUUACCCCUGCCUUCGUUGCAGCAAAUCAAUGCGAAGAAGACUACUGACGAACCGAUUUUGAUUGACGGGAAAGGAAAUAUUUUGGAAAACAAUGACAAAAACGAUUCACAAGGAUCGUUAUUUCGCACCUUUCUGCUGGGAGGCUCAUCCGCACUAGUUGCAUCUCCUUGUGCGACCCCAGUGCUCACUUCCAUUCUUGCCUACGUGGCCGGAAGUUCAAAUCCUUUCCUCGGGGCUGUGCUUCUCUUGUUCUACACUCUUGGCUAUUCGACUCCGUUACUAUUGACAGCAGCGUCUGGAGGGACAGCUCUUGUGAAGUUGAAGGAGCUCGGUGAAGAUGAUACUUCCGUUUAUGGGAAGAUUGCACCGUUAGUCACACCAUUCACUGCUGGUAUCUUGCUUUGGUACGGGACAAAUGGAUUAUUGACAAAUUUGAUUGGAGAUCCUUCUUUGGAAGGCUUGAGAUACGCAAUGACGUGA